AAACACAAAGCUGCAAUGUGUAGAUUUUAUGCCGGAAUUAUUUUGUUAACGUUGUUUUUUAACCACUUUUAGCACGAAUAUCCUCUAAAAACAGAUGAUGUCUCAAGAAAAUGGUCCAACAUGUGUGAGCAAUAACUCCAGCAGUCCACACACAAAUGAGAAGGAGCGUGUUUUAAAGGAGGUAGGAUUCACCAGCACCACCUUCAUUGGUCCAGCGUUUCCUCCAAAGACUGCCACAGUAAAGACUGCCACAGUAAAGACUGACAUUGAAGACACACUGAGUGAGUUUUACAAAGAGCUCAAGAAGCUUGAUGCUCCUGAUGGCACUAUUGUUAACCCAGGGAAACAAGAUGCAGGUGUUGUACAACCAUCCCUACAUCCCAAAACAUCCACCAAGAAAGAGAGAGAGCGCACAAACCAGGAGAAAACUGAUAACACACCCAGACAGGCAGACACAGAUGCUCACCAGAGACGCGGCGGACAGAAAUGGCCAUCUUCGUAUCAACAUGAGCCGUACAACCCCAAAAGACCGAGGUCAGGCAUUGACAUGAACUCUGGUGUGGUUACACCUGCUCAUGAUCCGCAGCAUUAUCCUCAUCCACCAAACAGACCACCAAACCCAAGAUUUGACAGGCCUCUUUUACAUCCUCCACCCCUGCCAUCUGCAUUCCUAAAUCCACCAGACCUACCAUCACACAUCAAUCCCAACAGGAUCGACACAGGCAUGAUAAACCAGUAUAGAGACCAGCCUCCUUUUCCACCCUUUUCGACAAAUGAAUGCAGUCACCCCUCUCAGGAGUUUAUUAGAGAUACUCCAUACAAACAUGACAGGGAUGAACGGGGUUAUGACCAUGUUGCACGGCCAGAUUAUGUUAAUGUUGGAUGGUCUAGAGAUAAACAAGAGGAGUGGUCUGAAUUUAGUGAAGAUUUUGACUGGCGCCAGAGAUUUGAUUCAGAAAAUGAACUGUGGGAGCGACAGCAUCACCCCCGACCCCCUGAUAACACUCGUUCCCAACAUUCUUCCUUGGUGCUGAUCUUGAUGAGGGGAUUACCAGGGUCUGGAAAAUCAACAAUGGCAAGGGAGUUGCUCUCCACUGGUCCCAGUGGGUUAAUACUGAGCACAGAUGACUACUUUGCUUAUAAAGAUGGCUACCACUAUGAACUAGGACUUCUUGGAAAGGCACAUGAAUGGAACCAGAGCAGAGCUAAAGAUGCUAUGGAUGAUGGCUGUUCUCCUGUUAUUAUUGAUAACACAAACAUCCAAGCCUGGGAAAUGCAGCCAUAUGUCAAGAUGGCCUUGGAGAGGGGAUACAGAGUGGACUUUUGUGAACCGGACACCAGGUGGAAGUUUGACCCUCAUGAGUUGGAAAAGAGGAAUAAACACGGUGUUACCCAGGAGAAGAUUGCACUGAUGAUGGAUCGCUUUUCAUUUCCCAUUUCCAUUGACAUCGUCAUGAGUUCACUAAAGCCGCCUCACGUGAACCAGAGACGUCGGCCUGAGCAACCACAGAUGAGGAACAACAGAGAUUUCUAUUAGUAUUUUCAGGUAUUUCACUGCCAAAUAAUUUGCCUUGAAGAACAACAAUUUUUGUAACAUGUAAAUAUUAUCAACUGCUGUUUCUACUUGAAUUGAAAUUGUUUU